AUGAAAUUACCCCUUCAGAAGCUCCACCUGGGGCCACAGCGGCGGGGAGAGGUCCCUGGGGAGGCCCUUGCUGGGCCGCAGGACCUCCUGGCCAUACAAGGAUCUUGGAAUCUGGACUCUGGGGACCCCAGGCAGCUGGGCCCAGCUAAAACGCAGCUGACACUUCUGCCCCUCGUCCCUGGUGCCACCGCAGUGUUCUCCCAGCCGGCCGCAGACAUGGGCUGCCAGGUGGAGGGACAGGGCGGGGUGCCGUGUGUGCUAGGACCUCCACCUCCCUCGGACCGAGGGGCGGAGGAGGCCCUGGUGCAGGUGUCCUUGCAGACAGAGCGCCUGACUGCUGAGCAGAUCAAGGAGUACAAGGGGGUCUUUGAGAUGUUCGACGAGGAGGGCAACGGGCAGGUGAAGACCGGAGAGCUGGAGCGGCUCAUGAGCCUGCUGGGCAUCAACCCCACCAAGAGUGAGCUGGCCUCCAUGGCCCAGGACGUGGACAGAGACAACAAAGGAUUCUUCAACUGUGACAGCUUCCUGGCCCUGAUGGGGAUUUACUGGGAGAAGGCCCAGAACCAGGAGGGCGAGCUGAGGGCAGCAUUCCGUGUCUUCGACAAGGAGGGCAAGGGCUACAUCGACUGGAACACGCUCAAGUACGUGCUCAUGAACGCAGGGGAACCCCUCAACGAGGCAGAGGCUGAGCAGAUGAUGAAGGAGGCCGACAAGGACGGGGAUGGGACCAUUGACUAUGAGGAGUUUGUGGCCAUGAUGACCGGAGAGUCCUUCAAGCUGGUCCAGUGA